UUCUGACGACAUUUGCACGCGACACGUAUACUCAACAGGUUCCCUUGCUGCAGACUGCUAAUCAAUAACGCUAGUGUUUGUUUUGAAUAUUUGUAAUUAGAAAUGGCCGUGGAAUCGAGAGUAACACAAGAAGAAAUAAAGAAAGAGCCCGAAAAGCCCGUCGACAGGGAAAAGACCUGCCCACUUCUUCUGCGAGUGUUCACAACCAACAAUGGCAGGCAUCAUAGAAUAGACGAGUUUGCCCGUGGAAAUGUCCCCUCAAGUGAACUACAGAUCUAUACCUGGAUGGAUGCCACCCUAAAAGAACUGACAAGUUUAGUGAAGGAGGUCUACCCUGAUGCUAGAAAAAAAGGCACUCACUUUGGCUUCGCCAUUGUUUAUCCAGAUCCGAAACGGCAAGGCUAUAGGGUUAAAGAUAUAGGCAGCACCAUAUCGGGCCGAAAAGGAGCAGAUGACUCCAUGACUCUGCAGUCCCAGCGCUUUCAAAUAGGAGACUACCUGGACAUCGCCAUAACGCCACCCAAUAGGACGCCAGCUGUGCCCGGCCGCAUGAGGCCUUACUGAUCCCCUGGGUCCGAAGAGAAGACCUCAGGAGGAAGGGAUCCUACAAGACUCGUCAACCCAUGAGCUCAUUGAUGGUUUGGCGGUGGAUUGUUUUUUUUUUUUCCUUUUGCUAUGCUUUUAAUUUCUCUUGUGGAUUUUAUACAAAGUUGACAGAUCAGAGUGGAGCUAGUAUUACCUUCUCUUAGAUUCUUUUGAUGUUAAAUAAACUUUUUUCCAUCCAUAA